ACCAGAAAAUCCGUCAGUUCAAGGGGCCGCCCCAGCCAUGCUGGUCUGAGCGCGGCUUGGGUCGAUGAUCUACAACUUCUACGCUUUCGGGCGGGGGAGGAAGCUGCUUUGCCGCGAGGAGUGGCAUCGCACAAGACCUUGCCGCGAUGUCGAGGAGGAGUCCAAGUAUGUGAGCGGGCUGCUGAUCACCUUGAAGUCCUUCUGCCAGCAGCUGGGGCCGCCCAGGACCGAGGCCUUCCUCGCCUACGCCACGUCCCAGUACAAGCUUCACUCCUUUGAGACCGUGUCGGGGUACCGCUUCGUGCUGACCACGGACCCCUCCGUUCCUGACCAGCAGGAGUCCCUCAUUCAUAUUUACCAACUCUUCGUGGACCACGUCAUCAAGAACCCCCUGUACCACUUGGGUGACGACCUCCACAAGUGCCCGGUCUUCACGACAAAGCUGCACAGCUUUCUGCUGAACCGGCCCUUCUUUGCGAGCCUGGCCUCCUGAGAGGAGCCAUGCCAUAGGCGUCCUUUUGAUCGGUGAGUUUGGUUGAAAAUG